AUGAUGCUCUUCCCAAUUAAAAGUUCAAGCAUUGCUCUCAGUAUAGCACUUUGCGCAUCCACGGCUCUCAGUCUAUCUGUCACUUCACCUCGGACCUUUUCAUCUCGAACUUGCAAUAUGGCGUCUUCUUCUUGCAAUGGAGACAAGAGAUUCCCUCCACUCACACCAGUUGAUGAUAAUCUUGAUGCGGCUCAGCUCGUUCAAUACAAUUAUCUCGCCGAUAUUACAAAGGUGGUUUACGGCACUACCAUUGUCACAGAAAAUCCUGAUGGCUCACUCCAAGGACCCUUCAACAUGUUGCUAUACACACCAACAGUCGCGCAGCCUUGGGUAAAUUUACAGCUAGCAGUUGCCGGUCUGUUAGUCUCAAGUGAAGCUGAAGUCGCCGUCCUCGGUGUCCUAUCAGUCACCAAAGCGACAUAUGGGAUAUAUGCGCAUACCAUCUUAGCCGAGAAAGCAGGCUUAACCGCAGCGCAAGUUAAAGCCCUCCUCGUCGGUCGUUGUCCACCAAGCGUGACAAAACGUCAAGAAGCCAUCUAUCAUGUGGCCGUGAAAUUGACUCAGACGAGGGGACCAUUAGACAUCGCCUCCUUCAAAGCCGCCGAAGCCGUCCUCGGACAAGCUGGUGUUCUUGGGGCUGUUCAGCAAUCUGCUGCGUUUAUGUAUGCUUCGAUGAUGUUGAAUGCUGGGGAUGUGUGUUUGCCAUCAGGCGUGGAAUGUUGA